UGAACAAUCAUGCUGUGUUGGAAGUAAAGUUUCGGCCUCUUUGUCGACGCGACGUUGUCCAUGAUGACCGACUAGUUCCAGCACAUUCGCCAUGAUCCAGUCAAGGAAUUUGCAGAAUAAAUUACCUGGUACAACUUUGAGAACCCAGUAAUCAGUCAGGAGUGCGCACAUGGGACGAAGAAGGUUUUGGCUAUCCGAGCAGAAUGGCGACGCAGCCCCAACCAGACCAAUCCUUGAAAGGGCUUGUCAAUAAUCCCGGUGAAAACAACUGCUUUCUUAACUCAACAGUCCAGGUCCUUUGGCAUCUGCCAUUGUUUCGCAGCAGUCUUGCUAGCCUAUACGGCCAUUACUGCAACUCGGCGAAAUGUGUGUUUUGUGCGCUAAAGACGCUGUUCAUCCGACUCGAAAAGGUCGAUCGGCCAGCAAUUCCUCCGGAUGUUCUUCGCCGGGCUAUGGCAGAUGCUUUCGAUGCGGAUGAUCGGUUUCAGUUGGGAGUAAUGGACGAUGCAGCUGAGUGCUAUGAACAUCUACUAACACGUCUUCAUUAUCACUUGGCACCUGACCAAGAGGAGAAUGCGUGUAAUCAAUCUCACUGCAUCACACACUCAAAGUGCUGCAUGAGCAUAUUUGAACAGAGAUGCUGCGGGUGCGGCGAACAAUCUGAAUUGAUGGGCUUCACGCAGAUCGUACAAUAUAUCUCUGCCCCAUCUGUAAUGAAAGUCGCUCUGGAGAAUACAGCGAGUCGCUUGUCAUUCGGCAGAACUGUUCGAUCGGCCAUGGAAGCCUACGGGAAGCAGCCAUGUUCAUCACGCUGUGGUGGAAUGUCAACAACUCGUCAGUACCUCAUGAACUCACCAUCACUAUUGUGCCUUGGAGUGAUCUGGAACUCGGAUAAGCCCAGUGUCGCGGAGAUCAUGUCGUUCGUAUCUGCAUUGGAUUCCACCAUCACUCUGAACCAUAUCUUCUACAACGUGGCAGAUGAAGCGGCUGGCCGCAAGAAGAUGAACUUGGUUGGCAUGGUGAUGUACUAUGGCAAGCACUACAGCUCCUUGUUCUUGUCAAACUCGACCAAGAAAUGGACUUUCUUUGACGACUCGCAUGUCAGAGUGCUGGGCAGUGAUUUGGCAUGUGUCAAAGACCUGUGCAGACGUGCUCACUAUCAGCCACUGUUGUUAGUGUAUGCCGAUCCCAACGCAACCGCUGUCGACUUUGAGCAUGCACCGGAAACAGUCAUACAGAUGACUCACAAGCAAGAGCAGCGUGCUCUGAAGCGCCUGCCGUUGACGAGCGAUCGAGGCGGAACCCUGCGUCGCUCUCUGAGCUUAAUAGGAAGCCCGGUGAAAGGAGGCUCAGGCCAGGCCAUGACUAAAGCAUCCCAGGCAGAAAGUGUGCCAGAAGCGGCUGUUGUGACGGACUUGAUUAACUUGGCUAGCUUGAGUGACUCUUCCAACUCUCAACAGAAACCACAACAGCAGCAGCAGCAGCAACACUUGGUGCAAGCGCAAGUGUCCGCCACUAGUAGCUCACAGGUAGCAGCGUCUGCUCCACCCUAUUCCACUCAGCCAAGUGCUCCACACCACACCAGUACUGUCAGCUCUGCUGCACCCUGUUCUUCGUUAGCCUCCCCACCCCGGCAACGACAAUCACACGGAGCAUUCAGCGAGGAAGAUCAACGGCAAGCGAGAGUGUGGCGUGAUCAAAUGAAAGGCAGCCCGUCCACGGGUGCCAGUUCAGGCAGCGCUGACUUAAUCGUGUUCAAUCCGGCGCCCCCUCGCUUUGCAGCUAAUGGUGCACUGCAGGCAGGUGCUUAUCCGACAAUGUCUACUGCACAGUCACACGCCCCUACUGCACCAGUCUCUUCAUCUGUUAUGGCCGGCAGCUCUGGGCAGCGCAGUUCAGCACCUUAUCCCAGUGGCCCGGGAGUGAUGCCGCAACCAAGUGCUCAACCACCGCAUCAGCAGUAUAGCACUUCACAACAGCAGCCACAGCAACAGCAACCUUAUGGCACUUCACAACAGUGGCAACAGCAGCAGCCACAACAACAGCGACAGCAGCAGCAACAGCGGCAGCCACAGCAACAACCGACUAAAGGCCCCUCACUUGUACCCACGACAGCCCGUGCAGUGGACCAAGCAUCUGGUAGUACUGGCUCUGGCCAGUCUGGGCAACGUUAUUCAGCACCCUAUGCCAGUGCUAUGGCCGCCAUGCCACAACCGACUGCGGCUGUGGCUCACCAGCACUAUAGUCAUGCUCAGCAGCAGCAGCAGCCACCACCAUUGCAACAGCAGCAUCAGCAGCAGCAACACCAGCAGCCACCACAAUUGCAACAACAGCAUCAGCAGCAGGAACACCAGCGACAAUUACAGCCACAGGUGCAGAAGCAGCAGCAGCAGCAACACCAGCAGCAGCAACACCAGCGACAAGCACAGGUGCAGCAGCAGCAGCAGCAGCAGCAGCAACAACAACAACAACAACAACAGCAGCAGGCGCGGGCAAAGGACCAGCCGGAUGGGAAACUGCAGCGUCCGACCGCCAGCCCUUCUACACCACCACUGAGAGGCCCUGCAGAUGGCCAAGCACCCAGACCACGCGCAGAGUCUCCUCGUUCGCUUGUACGCAUCGUGGACUCUUAUUCCGAACAGGCUGAAGAGCUGAUGUUCCGAUCUGCGCAGCUAGCGUCAAAGGGGGAGCUGGAUGAAGCUGUGGAAUGUUUGCGCAACGCGAGCCGGAUUAUUCUUAGUGCAGCUGUGACGGCCCAAAGUGACAGUCAGCUCUACCAGAGUGUCAAGCAGCAAGCCGAGCUUAUCGCUCAGAGUCUUCAAUCUCUGGAGCGACAGCAAAAGAAAAAAAAACGGCCAUCCGGCCGAGUGGAAUCCGCGGCCAAUGCUGAAUCUGGUCUAAAACAACCACAGCAGCAGCAGCAGCAACAGUCACAUACUGAGCCAGUUGCUGUUGAGCGUGGGCGCCCUGCCAAUGCGCUGAAUCUUGUGCCACCUGCAGAUCGCAAUCCACGUUCCCCGUCGCCUAAUCAGGCCUCGCUGCAGCAAUUCUUAACACGCGUUGGAGACUCAUCCACCUUCAACACCGCACCAUCAAACUACAGUGAUCGCCAUCCAUCAAAUACUCAUUCUUCGAAUGGCCACGCACACCACUAAAUUUGCCAAGGACUCUACCGCCUGCGGAUAAUGUCUUGCUCUGCGCAUGCGCAUUUCCGAUGUCUGGAGAUUGCGCUGCAUGUACUCGUCUGCGUGUCAGUGCUGAUUGUGUCAACCAUUGUCGUUCAGACAGGUUAUUGUCAUACACGCUGCUGUUCUUGUUUGAAUCCUUCAUUCUCAGUUGCUGCUGCUGCUGUUGUUGUUGUUGUUGAUGUUUGUCGUGUUACACGCCAUGUUCGUAAAGGCUAGCUAGCCACCACGACUAGCCUACUUGUUGGUGGUGUUCUCUGCGGAGUUUCAUCACCCUGUGCUCGUCCUCGUGCACGUCCGCUGCUGGAAGUGGAUGUGUGCUUGUCAACGUCCGGUUGUCUUGUGAUCACUUUUUUCGUUAUUGUUUUUGUUGUUGUUGUCUGGUGUCUAUUUAAAUUUACUCUCUAGUUGGUGUGUCCAUGUUCUAGCCUGGCUGCUGUUGCUGCUGCUGCUUGUCUUUUGUGUGACAUUGCUGUACCACCGUGCACAGCUUUGAUUGAUCUAUCACUACACGUAUGUGUGUGUGUGUGUGUCUGUCUGUCUGUCUGUCUGUGUCUGUGUGAGGUAUGAUUGUAAUAAGUACUUCCCCCCGGCACAUCCGAACCCCCCGUUUCUAGUCGAGAAGCAAUCCUAGCAAGUAGUUUGUAUGAUUGUGAUGUGUUUGAGCAAGCCGACUGAAUUGUCUGGUGCUCCCUGGCACCCAUAGUGGCUGAAUUGUCUGGUGCUCCCUGGCACCCACAGUGGCUUUUACAGUAUGCAAACACGUUGUGACUUCAGGACACACGCUGUAUAUGCUCACGUUGUAUCGCGUGUUUGAUUGCCUGAAUGGUAGUGUACUUUAACUAACUCAACGUACGGAAUUCGCUCAUCUUUCACCUAUUUCACUUUUACCAUAAAUUUCAUCUUAUCAUACAACGCGAAUCGAUGCCGCAGCUACAUACAUACCUUGUCUCUUCUUGCUGCUUAUUUGAACAAUCCGUCAAUGAACAUAUUAUGCCUUUUGUGUAUUUUCAUAAAGAACCUUGAUAUAGUAGAGCGGACGCGCAGUCUUUAUCUUGCA